UUAAGUCUGGACAACAUUCUGCAAAAUAGUUAAAUAAAUUAAAAAUAAAACGACCAACAAAAUGCUGUGGGAAACAAUUGCCGAAGAGAACAACUGCACCAUGGAAUGCAAUAUCAGCUCCAGCAGUCUGAACAAAAGCAGCUCAAAUCGCCGCGUUCGUCGUGCGCUGACCUCCAACAAUCUCAUCAUGGAUGCCAUGGAUGCUGAUGUUGAGGAGGAGUUGUCCUUCUACAAUGAUGACGAUGUGCUUGCCCUGCCCCAGGAGCGUGCGCUUAGCCCGGAACUGUUGGGUCUGCUAUCGCCUGAGGGUUCGCCGCAGCGUUUCCAAAUUGUGCGACAGACAAAGUUGCAACAGCAACAAGCUGUAACAUCCACAAAUGCAACUGCAACAACACCAGCAGCAGCAACAGCAGCUCCGACUGCUUCUCGCAGUUUUCGCAUCUUCAAUAGCCUAUCCUCCGCAGGCUCCAUGGAGUCCUCCAUGGACGAUGAUUACAUGGAGCUCUUCGAAAUGGAAUCCUUUGCGGGCAUGCACCAACAACAGCAGGAACAAGGACAACAACAUCAGCAGCACAAUUCCAAUCUGCCCAGUGGACUCAACUCACUGAUUAGUGGACAAAUCAAAGUGACGCCCAAAUCCCCCACCAUCAUGAUGAGGCGGCCAUCGGUGCGACGUUGCCUCAGCAUGACGGAGACAAACAGCAAUCAGCUAGCACAACAACAAUUGAUACAACAACAACAGCUGCAACAACUGCAACCAAAGACGCCAGAGACUGCCCGGGAUUGCUUCAAGCGUCCCGAACCGCCCGCAUCGACCAGCUGCUCUCCGAUUCAGAGCAAGCGUCACCGUUGCAUCGAAAAGGAGAACUGUCCACUGCCCCAACCGCUGCCACUGCCGCUCACACAUGCGCCGCCGCUGCGAAAAUGUAUUUCGCUCAAUGAUGCAGAGAUCAUGUCCGCCUUGGCACGCUCCGAGAAUCGCAACGAACCCGAGCUGAUUGGUGACUUUAGCAAGACUUACGCCCUGCCGCUGAUGGAGGGCCGACACAGAGAUCUCAAGUCCAUUUCCAGUGAGACGGUGGCCAGUCUGCUGAAUGGUGCCUAUGACGACGAGGUGGCCAGUUAUCGCAUCAUCGAUUGUCGUUAUCCCUAUGAAUACGAUGGUGGGCAUAUACGCGGCGCCAAGAAUCUCUAUACCCAUGAGCAGAUCCUGCAGGAGUUUCUGGGCGCAGCACAGACUGAGCUGCAACAGCAGCAGCAACAAAAUGCGGAUGCAUGUGGCAAGCGCAACAUUAUCAUCUUCCAUUGUGAAUUCUCCUCGGAGCGUGGCCCAAAAAUGUCACGUUUCCUACGCAAUUUAGAUCGGGAGCGGAAUACGACUGCAUAUCCGUCUCUACAUUAUCCGGAGAUCUAUUUGCUGCAUAACGGUUACAAGGAGUUCUAUGAGACGCAUCUGGAGCACUGCCAGCCGGAGGCGUAUCGACCCAUGUUGGAGCCCGCCUACAAUGAGGCCUAUCGUCAUUUUAGGGCCAAAUCCAAGUCGUGGAAUGGCGAUGGACUCGGCCUCGGCGGUGGUUCUGCUGCUGCUGCUGGUGGUGGUGGCGGAGCAACUGGUCGCCUCAAGAAAUCCCGUUCCCGACUUAUGCUUUAAGGGGGAAGGGGAAGACUGGGUUAUGUACACUGGCAACGCCACACAUUUUAAUUCUUUGGGUUAGUGGCAACGCCAGAAAAAAGAAGUUUUGUAAAUAAGAGAAGAAGCUGCGUAUUUAUUUCAUUUUAAAACACACAAACACAUUUUUAAGUUGAUUUUGU